AAGGCAGGGAUAGGAUAAUCCACGAUCCCAGUCUGGGUGGGUGGGACUUCCUUCACAAUUCCUGUUGGAUGUUAGCUCCUCUAGGUGACACGUAACUAAAGAGCAAGGUACCAGGCAGACAGGCCUGUUACAAAGAGCAGAAAAGAUCACUAAAUUGAACGGCUUAGUGUCACAGAAGUGAUUUUCCCCCACCCAUUCUCUGAAAAAAAAAAAGAAAAAAAGAAAAAAUUGAGAUGGUUGCCUCGGUGAAUUCAGAAAGUAAAACCAAUGAAGACGUGGAGUAAUAAACUUGGCAAUCAAGUUUAUAGUUACCUGUGUUUGUAGUACUAACAGUUUUGAGAGAAAUUUGUGUGUGUAUGUGGGUUGCGAGAAAAGUUGCUGAGCAAAACCAAUACAUUUACAGAGCGACCAGAGCGGUAUUUUCUGUACUUUUCCACUACAUGUUGCGAUGCAUACAUUUCGGUGCAAUACUUGAAAAAGAAAGAGCUUGAAAAGUUUGGGAUUUGUAGCCUGCGGGUCCGGGUUGUGGGGAAGGAGUGAAGAUGGGGAACGGAAUGUGUUCCAGAAGGCAUAAGCGUAUUUUUCAGUCUCUCGUGCUGCUGUCUGUUGUUUUUGGACUUCUGUAUGGGGCAAUGAUAUCCUACGAAAUGCACAAACAGCUCAAAAGAACAGAGGCUAUAGCUGUAAAAUAUCAGCAGCACCAGGAAUCAUUAUCUGCUCAACUACAAGUUGUAUAUGAACACAGAUCAAGAUUAGAAAAGUCAUUGCAAAAAGAAAGGCUUGAACACAAAAAGGCUAAAGAAGAUUUCCUUGUGUACAAGUUGGAAGCACAACAAUCGCUAAAUAAAGAUAAGCAGGAUUCCACGAGCCGGUUUAAUUCCCUGAAUGUGCAACACGAAAUGUUAAAGAAUCAACAUGACGAACUAAAGAAACGGUACUAUGACUUGCAUGAAGAGCACCAGCUGCUGGGAGAGGACCACAACAGAGCAUUAACUGAACACAAAGAUAAAUAUGAUAACCUGCAGCAAGAGAAGGAGAUCGAGAUCUCUAAACUGAAAGAAAACAUCUAUAACCUGCAUGAAGAGAAUAAGCAUAUAAGAAAAGCUCAUCAAGAUGUACAUACUCAGCUCCAGGAUGUCAAGCAACAACACCAGGAUUUAAAAUCUGAACACGAACAACUUGCAAUGACUUUAGAUGACCACAAGAGUGCACUGGCUGCUGCACAGGCCCAGGUAGAGGAAUUCAAGCAGUUUAAAGAAACCCUUAAAAAAAUGCCCAGCUUCAGAGAGCCUGGAUUCCACACACCAGUACCGGAGGAACUGAGGCGACAAGGGGAGGAGGAUCAGACUCAAUACAAGGUUCACAAGGGAGGACACCAACCAGUAGGAAACAUUGAUAGCCUCCAUCAGCAACAGGAAUUUCCAAACGUCAGGGACGAGCGCGAAGAACGUGAGGAGGCAGAUCUUGACAUCACGCAUCCGAGCGAGCACGUUGUUCACCGAGAGGAGAACCGGGACAGGAAGCGGGAGGGCCUGCAGGUGCAGCAGGUGGAGGAGGAUCACAGGAAGGAGCUGGCGGAGGAGGAGAUGGAGCAGGCUGGGCAGCCAGAGCACCUGGACGAGGAGUCUGACCAGCCGCGGGAAGAGGAAGAGAAGGAAGGCCACCAGAAAGAGGAGCAGCACCACCAGCCCCCAGCACCCGCUGAGCAAGAUGAAGCAGGGACGAUUCAUGAAGAUGACAAAAACGUGAUUGCUAAGGAGCACGGCGGUUCACAGCAGCGUUUGAAAUCGGCCUACGAGGAGCAGCUGGACCAGCAGCGUUUGGUGUCUCAGCGGGAGGAAGAAGCCCGGAAGCUCAAGGAGCGCCAGGAGAGCCUCCAUCGGCAGAGACUGAGGGAGCAGAUGGCCCGGCAGCAGCAGCUGAGAGACAGGGAGCUGCAGCUGCAGCGGGAAGCUGACCACAAGGAGCAGAUCCUGAGGCGGCAGCAGCAGCAGCAGCUCAGGCAACAGCCCGAGUAUGAAAAUAUUGAUGAUGAUAUUGUUCAAGGUGAUGAAGAGCAGGAUAUCCAAAAACAGGACGACGGGCAUGAACAUCCCCGUGUUGAAGAAGUGGGGCACGAGCAGCAGGAUGAAGACCCUGAGGAGGAACACGCAAAGAAGGACGCAAACCCACAAGAAGAUCCAAACAAUCAGGGAGAGGACGAGUUUGAAGAGGCCGAGAAGGAGAAACACAACAAUCUUCCAGAUGAAAAUGCAGAACACAAGAAGCAUCUUGAGAACGUGGCCAAACCAGAAGUGGAAGAGCAACUUGUGAUGGCUGGAAACCCAGACCAGCAAGAGGACACCCUGGAUGAGCAGUACCAGGAGGAGGGAGAGGAAGAGGUGCACGAUGACUUGGCCGAGGGGCCUAAAGUACAACAAGAAGAGAACGAAGAAGCAUAUAAUGAAGAGAAUGAGGAAGGCGGAAACAUUAAAGAUCCCGAGGGUCCUGAGAAGGAGGAGGAUUCCCCCCCAGGGGACCACCUGAAACCAGAAUCUGAAGUAAUUGAAGAGAAUUAUGAAGAGGAGGUGGAAGAGGAGGAAGCCCCUGGCAAUCCCAAUCGACGGGCAGAAAUGUGAGGAAUGCCUCCUAGUAAACGCAGCUUUGACUGCCGGGGAUACAGAACUAAAAGUGCUAUUUUUUUUUUUUUUUAAGAGAAGGAUUCAUAAUUUCUUUCUAUCAAUAUUGUAAAAAUUGAAUAUUUUUAAAGACUUUACCCACCCAACCCCCACACACACAUUUUUACUUGUACUUUUUUUUUUUUUUCACAUGAAUGCAUUUUUGUUUUGCUUUUUUACUCUCUUAGCACAGAACUAUUCACUAAACUGGUUACUACUUGAAAAAACUGUGAACCAGUGUUAAUCCCUCCUGCCUAUUUUAUAUAUGUUUUUGGAUUUCAUACAUGGUUUAUGAAGCCCGUAUUUCACCAUUUCCAGUUUCCACAGCAUUAGAGGGUUAUGCAGACACACUUUCUAAUAAUGUCCAUAUCAAUUCAAAACAGCUGAUUGCUGUUAUCUUGUGUCUCCGGUUCAAUGUUACUGGAAAUUGUAAUGUAUUUGAGAAUUAUUGGUACCAAACAAUUUCAAAAUAAAUAAAAGACUGGGGGGUGGGACAUUUCAGUUAAUUUCUAAAAAUAUAUAUUUUCAGAUGGGAAAAUAAAUAUUGAUUUAUGUGUUGUUGAAAAAAAAAAACCGCAAUUGGUCUCUUUUUAUAGUAUAAAUGUAAUUAUUUUUUUCACCAGCAAAAAAGUUGAUUGAUUUAGGCCCCUAUUAAUUUCAGAUUUUAGCCUACUCUACACCAUUGCAAAGUAUUAUGCUAUUGUUUCUGAACGUUUGUACCUACAUAGAAAUGUGUUUUUGUACAAGGUACUUUUCUACACUGUAUACUAUUUAAUUUAUACACCGUACUCUCCAAGCUGAUUUCUGAGAUCAAUUAUUUAUUUUUUAGAAUAUUUGAAUUCUAUUAAAAGCUGCACCCUUUCCCGUAAUAGUAUAUUUUUGAAUUUCCCAUAAAAAAAAAGAAAUACUUUUCAGGUCAUGGAUGGAAUACAGUGUUUUAAUUGCUCAAGUAUUUCUGUAAUAUAUAAAUCUAUAUGUAUUUACAUUGUGUAUAUAGUGAUUCAUGGAAAAUGUUACGCUUUGUUUUCAAUCACUGCUUUUUGAGAUGAAGAUGGGUAUCUUUUUAAAUAAUAAAACUGGGUUGAGGGUCAUCUGAGUUUA